AUGCCAUAUAUUAGAUGUCAAGUGUUUGUUAUCGGGAUGGUAAUUGGAUGGUUUUUGCAAAAGAAGAAAGAUCUGCAAAUAAAUAAGGCGAGUACGUCUGUCAUUCAGAAUUUCAUCCACAAGCUUUGUUAUCUUAAACUGAUUAAUAUCAUAAUGUGGAUGACUGCCUUCGCCUGUCUCGGCAUAGCUUUAUUUGGGUUGAAAGACUGGGUUAGUGGACAUCUAUGGAAUAUGUUCCCAAGGGCCAUGUAUUCAGCUUUCGGACGACCACUUUGGGCAUUAGGAUUAUCCUGGAUUGUGGUCGCCUGUUUUUAUGGUUAUGGAGGUAAACAUUAG